UCUCCUUCAAGAAAAAGGUAGCUCUUUUUUCGGCGCCGCUCUAUAUAAACUCCGUCGAAUCCCUCGCGUCUCUCAUCGGCGGCGCUUGCUUCUCUUCGAGGAACGAUGGGGCCGGGUCUCUACACCGAUAUUGGCAAGAAGGCUAGAGAUCUAUUGUACAAGGAUUUCAUCACUGAUCAGAAGUUUGCUAUCACGACCUACACCGCCAAUGGAGUUGCAAUCACGGCAUCUGGCACUAAGAAAAAUGACCUGAUCCUUGGUGAGAUCCAAUCUCAGAUAAAGAACAAGAAUAUCACAGUUGAUGUCAAAACAACUUCAGAUGCUAAUGUUUGCACAACAGUCACUGUGGAUGAGUUUGCUACACCUGGGUUGAAGGGUAUUCUUAGUUUCGUUGUUCCUGAUCAGAAGUCUGGAAAGGCUGAACUACAAUACUUGCAUGAUUAUGUGGGAAUUAGUUCUAGUUUUGGUUUGAAUGCCAGUCCGGUCGUCAACCUUGCUGGGGUUUUUGGAAAUAAAAAUAUCGCUUUUGGUGCUGACAUUGCACUGGAUACUGCAUCUGGGAAUUUGACCAAAUACAAUGCUGGCCUGAGCCUCACAAAUGCUGAUCUGAUUGGUUCGGUGACUUUGAGCAACAAGGGAGACAACCUUACUGCUGCUUAUUACCACAUGGUGAACCCGCUGAUGAGCACGGCCGUUGGGGCGGAGUUUAACCAUUGUUUCUCCACCAAUGAGAAUGUUCUGACUUUUGGAACACAGCAUGCGUUGGACCCCCUGACCACUGUCAAGGCCCGGUUCAACAACUUCGGGAAGGCGAGUGGUCUCAUCCAACACGAGUGGCGCCCUAAGUCAUUUGUCACCAUCUCCGGUGAGGUUGACACCAAGGCCAUUGAGAAGAGCUCCAAAGUCGGCCUUUCCGUGGUUCUUAAGCCUUGAUGAUACUUUUGUGAUUGGUCGGGGUUCAAUCAGUCGGGAUGGAGUAAUAAAAAGUGAAAAGAAACUGAAUGAGUUUUUUUCGUUUUUUUUUUCGAUCUUACGUCUUUUGUUUAUUCUGUGUUUUAUCUAGGAUUCUUCCUGGUUUUAGUUAUGAAACUGUAAGAAUAAUUGUACUCUUGGGUGUUUGAGAUUUGUUGAACUCUUGCUCCCAUUUUCUCUUGCCCUUUUUAAGCAUUUCUCUUGUUAGAA